AUGUCUAAGAAAGACGAUUUGACAAGAGUUAGUGCAAAGGAUGAUGAUCCUGUUAGAAAAUUAUGUGUACGAUUUAAUAAAGAUUACAUUCAUACUAGAGAUUUUAAAGAUGCAGUAGCUUAUUUGCAAUUAAGAGGGAAUGGAUGUCCUAGGAAAGAAGCGAUUCUAUUUGCAGCAAAAAAUAAUUGUAGAGUUGAUACCACAAAAAUAAUAGAUGGGCCUAGAAAUUACAGGACUCUUUAAGUAUAGCAAGUACCAACAUACAUGGUUUCAGAAGGCUGGUUAUAUGGAUAAUAAGACUACUUCUUUGGGUCCUGUUUCCCAUCCAGAUACUCAGAAACAUAUUUAGAUUAUUAAAUGAAUAAUAAACUCGAAGAAAAUUUUGAUGAAUAGGAGGUAAAAAUGAGGAAGGAGUAUAAGGAAAUGAUACAUCGUAUGAAGAAUUAUGUAAAAUAAGUCAAUCAAAAAUAUAACUUUAGUAAUGAAUAAGGAGAAUAGCUGAUAGAUAUGGUAAAAAAGAUUGUAAAAGGAAUGAAGAGCGAACUAGAAAAUAGAUAAUAUUUUGUUAUGAAUAAUAUCCGCUACUAUGACGCUGCAGAAGCGAUUAUGAAAAAGAGAAUGCUAAGUGAGGAGGAUAAAAAUAUUUUAAUAGAAAAGCUGAAUGUUUUUAAUAAUUACGAAAACGAAGAAGACCUAUAAUAAGUGCAAAUUAUUAAAGUUAAUGAUGAUGAACAAAAUGAAGAUAACAGCCCUAUGAAAAAUCCAUUUUUUGUUGGCAUGUUCAAUAAUUAGACUUAGAAAGCUGCUACUACUUCUUAAUAAAAACAAAAAUUUUAUUCAAAUGGACAAAGCCAAAACAAUAAUACUAACAUUUCAUAUGCUCACUAGCUAAAGAAUUUAGAGUGUGCUACUAAUCUACUAGAAGAAUUUGAGAAAGGAGAAGGAGAAGAUAUGCCAAAUGGGCCUCAAGGUAAAUUUGAUCGAAGCUAUGCUAAUUAAAAAAAGAAGAGACAAGAAUAAAUGAAAUAAAAUUUGCACUUAGUUCGUGCAGAGAAUUAAGCUGGUUUAGAAGGUCAGUUCAAUUAAUAAAAGUAUUUCUACUCAAAAUAAGAAAAUACUUUCAUAAAUUUAAGGAAAGAAUAAAAGGUGAAAGAUGAUUUGUAAAACGCCGUAUUUGACAUCUAUAAACCUAACUAUGAAGACGGCUAUUACAGAUAUAUUGAUAACAUCAGCAUGCUUAACUAGUAUGUAAGUUAACCAAAGGACUCUAAAUAUAAUUCAUAAGAUUAUGGUAAUAUAAAUUAAAGCACUGAAGAUAAUCACUAAGAAAAAGAUCAGCUGAUUGACAUGGAUGUUAUAAGGCUGAUGAAAGAAAAAUAAGAUAUUUACCAAAAAAAUUUUAGGGAAAAGAUAUCUUCGUAAGCAGUACUGCACAGGCUAAAGAACUAAAGGCAAAAUUAAACACAAGUUCACUUUAGAUAGACAUAGAGCAGCAGUACGAGAAGCAGAGAGAGAGAAAAGAAAACAAAUUUCAAUGUUAUUAAUCCAUUUAGCUAAACAAAUUAAUUCAAAAACAACACAUCCGGAUUACAUAAUUCCAUUUUUGGCUUAAAAAAGCAUUCUAGCAAUCUAUCUCUUAUGAAUUUAAGUGCAAGCAAAUUAAAGUAUUCAAAUAGUACCAAUCAUUUGUUAAAUAAAUUCACAACAACUCCUUCAACAACAAUAGCCACUUCUAAUAAUCUUCACUACAAAUAGCAGCCUCCACAAUCUUCUGUCCAGGCAGCAAGUUCUUCAAAUUAGUUAAACCAAAAUAAAAGAUAUGGUCUUGAAAAAUAAAGUAGCAAAAUAUCACCUUUAAGUCAGGGAAUUUAGGAUUAAAAACCAAAAAGCCGAAGAUUGAUUUUGAGAAAUUUUAAUAAUGAAGAGUAGCAAUCUCAAAUGAAGAAAGAAAUAUUACCAAACAGAACUGUAACUUGGAGCGUAGGUGGAGAGUAGCAAAAUUAAUUCUAGUAAGGAUCAAAUAGCUAAUCUAUGUUAUAGUAAUCUGAUGUGCUAUAAGAUCAUACUGCCGCCUACAAUAAACGUAAGUAAGAUGAUAUUAGCCAAAGAAGCAACUCUCAGUCUUUAGUUUCUAAUAUAAGAAAUACUUCUUCGAUUAAUGUCAGUCCUCUGUAAAACUCACCGGCAAAUAAAUUGGCUUAAUAAUACUAUUACUAAGGUGCAAACAAUAAAGCAGAAAAAAAUCGUUUAACACAGAAAGAAUAGCUUUUUUAAUCUGUGGGAAAUCACUAGAAAAAAAUUUCAGUAAUAAAUGAAUCUGGAUUUGCUUCGAAUACUAUUUAGUCGACUAAUAUUAGUUCAAAAGCUGGAGUAGCAACUAAUUUUAAUAUUGAUUUUACCCCAAAGUCUCUUAAUGUUUUUAAGUAAUGA